UAAUUGAAAAGAAAAACCAAGGACAUUAUAAAUUCAUAGGCACAGUUUGCCACCCCUUCCAACAAUACCUCAGCUCCACCCACCGUCGUUAAAAUGAAUUUCUCUGUAAGCCGGGCUGCUCGAGGCAUGGUUCAGCCAUCUGGGCUGAUACCCUCUGGUAUGCUCCAUCUCUCAUCCAUCGACAGAUUGCCAGUUCUGCGGUGCAAUGCUAGAACAUUGCAUGUAUUUAGGCAUGGCCAUGAAGCUGCCAAGAUCAUUAGGGAAGCCUUGUCCAAGGCACUGGUUCAUUACUAUCCCCUUGCAGGGUGGCUCAUGGAAUCAAGCCAGGGUGAACUCCAGAUUGCAUGUACUGGAGAAGGCAUCUGGUUUGUCGAGGCAUCUGCUGAUUGUAGUGUCGAUGCUGUCAAUUAUUUUGACGACAUCCAAAUGGCCAAAUAUGACAAGCUCCUUCCGGAUCAUCCCCCUGAAGUCGAUGGCCUAGACCCACUGGUGCUGAUGCAGGUGACCCAGUUUACAUGUGGAGGGUUUGUGAUGGGGCUCAUUUUCUGCCACAGCAUAUGUGAUGGGCUGGGAGCCGCACAGUUCCUCAGCGCCGUUGGCGAGUUGGCCAGAGGCUUGCACCAUCCCACCAUUGCGCCAGUAUGGUGUAGAGAAGCACUCACAACAAAGGCACCACAAGUAUAUGCAACUGGGAAGGCAAACCCUCCACCACCACCACCACUGCCAUCCUUACCAGACUACCAGCUGGAGCAUGCCACUAUAGACAUUACCCCAGACCAGAUCAAUCAGCUCAAGCAUGAGUUCCAGAAGUCAACAGGUCGAACUUGCUCCACCUUUGAAGUAGUAGCUGCUAGUAUGUGGGGAUGCAGGACAAGAGCCAUAAAUUUAGAUAAGGAUGCCAAAGUCACACUCGUGUUCUUUGCAAACACCCGUCAGCUCCUGCACCCACCACUGCCAGAGGGUUUUUAUGGCAACUGUUUCUUUCCAGUAACAAUCACCGUUUCUAGUGAGAGAGUUUCACAGGCCUCGCAUGCUGAGGUUGUGAAACUCAUACAGGAGUCCAAGUCAAUGCUGCCAAUCCAAUUCACCAACUGGUUAAAUGGUGAUUCUGGAGAUGUAAACCCAUUUGCACCACCCCUCUCCUACACAACAGUGUUCAGAUCAGAGUGGGGCCGACUGGGAUUCACCAAGGUCGACUAUGGAUGGGCCCCCCCAAUUCACAUGAUACCAAUUCAGGGCUCCAGCAUCAUCCCCGUGGCAAUUGUAGGAGCACCACCCAACCCAAAGACGGGCAUCCGUCUGAUGACAUGGAGUGUCAGGAGGCCUCACCUACUGAACUUCCUUGAACAAAUGAUUAACCUCACUUGAAUCAACUUAUGGAUUCCUCAGGUUUUGAUUUUAUGUUGCUCAGUUUGAGAAUUAAACUUCAAUAAAA